AUGCUCCAGCGUGGAGGAGACAAAGGGAAGGGAAGCCCCUUGCUAGAUCAGCCCCUGGCUAUGAUUCUUGCACCGUGGUGAUGUGAACGUGGGCUGUGCAAAAUGCAACCUUUAGAAUAAAUAAACAAACAAAUGCUUAUUUUUUAUUUUUUAAAAAAACGUUGAUUCCGAGAAGAAAUUCAGAAUCCAAUUUGACUCUCCUGCUGUGGAAUUGCAGGAAUAACAAGAGAGAGAGGUAAGCAAGCGGCUGUUUGGAUCUGGGAAGUCAUUCAAACCGCUAAAUUGUUUGCAAAUCCUUGUAACUGAAUCAAAGCAAAGCGGAAAGGAAAAGAAAAAGAAAAAGAUUUAAGAAGCAACAUAAUAAAAGGUGUAGAGGGGUGUGGGUGUGGGUGUGAAAUCAUGUAUUUUUCAGCGUGUGAUUUAUGCAUUUUAAAAAAUGUGUUUGGUUCCAGUUUAAUCCUGUCCACGUCUACUUAAAGUAAGCCUCAUAGAUUUCUAUGGGUCUAACUCCCCAGCUAAACAUGUCUAGGAUGGCAGAGGGCUGGAUUUCUCUGGGUUGAAUGCAGGCAGUGACCAGCAAUGCAGGAGGACAAGGAAAUAAGUGAGGGAAGUCUAGCUGUGAAAGAGGCUGGUCAAGGUAUUAAUUUAUUUUAAAUAUUUAUUAACCGCUGUUCAUUGAAGGAUUUCGGGGUGGUGUACAGAACCUGGGAAUAGAAUCCACAUGCCAUAGAAAUGCAACUGGUACUCCAGCAAGAAAACGUGGCAAAACCAAAAUCUGCCUUACAAAAUCACAAUAAAACAGUAAAAUAUAUUUAUUUAUUAAUUAUAAAAUAAAUAAAACUAAAAAGCACCUCCAGAUGCUUUGAAAUACAACUGCUGUUGGUCCUUGCAACAUUUAGAUCUUCAAUAUCUAUUCUGCUAAUGCAAAAAAAUAAAAAUAAAAAAUCACACGUUGCAUGUUCUCUCUCUUUGCAUUAAUACUCCCCCCUCCCCUGUGCUCUGGGUAUUGGAUGUGCUUGCACUGGUAGUGUUGCUGCUGCAGCAUCUCUAUUGCCAACCUGGUGUCAUCCAGUUGCUUUGAACUACAACUCCCAUCAGCCCUUGCAGCCAGAAAAGCCAUGGAAACUGGCAGCACCUGCACCUGGAGGGCACCACAUUGGCUAUCCUUGUUCCAUUGCAAGCAAAGGCUGGUCCAUUAAAGUAAACGGGGCACUUCCUUACCAGUCUCAGUCUGCCCUCAGCCUACCUCCUGCCUGCUUUCCUGCUUACACCCAGCCCAGGAGGUGGCAGGACUACUGUGAAGGCUGAGCCGAGCCAUUAUGCCUAGUAGCUAUCAAUAGCUCUCCAUGUCACCUUCCUCCAGUCUCAGCAUUUCCCCUGUAGAACUCAGCAGGGAGGAGGAUGGGGACAAAACUAGGUUUAGUUGGCUUUGUCUGUUGUUGGUUUUGGCGGGUGGCGCUGUGGUCUAAACCACAGAGCCUAGGGCUUGCCAAUCAGAAGGUUGGCGGUUUGAAUCUCUGUCAUGGGGUGAGCUCCCAUUGCUCGGUCCCAGCUCCUGUCAACCUAGCAGUUCGAUAGUACGUCAGAGUGCAAGUACAUAAAUAGGUACCGAUAAAUAGGUCCAGUCGUGACCGACUCUGGGGUUGCGGCGCUCAUCUCACUUUAUUGGCCAAGGGAGCCGGCGUACAGCUUCCGGGUCAUGUGGCCAGCAUGACUAAGCCACUUCUGGUGAACCAGAGCAGCGCACGGAAAUGCCGUUUACCUUCCCACCGGAGCGGUACCUAUUUAUCUACUUGCACUUUGACGUGCUUUUGAGCUGCUAGGUUGGCAGGAGCAGGACCGAGCAACGGGAGCUCACCCCGUCGCGGGGAUUCAAACCGCCAACCUUCUGAUUGGCAAGUCCUAGGCUCUGUGGUUUAACCCACAGCGCCACCCGCGUCCCUAUCCCGAGAUAGCUGUUCCUAAACUACCCGCGGGAGGUCCAGUCCCCAGUGCCCUAGGGAUGCUUGAAGGAGAUAGAUUGUUUACAGCUCUGCAAUAAUGUGUCAUCUCCCCACCCCCAAAUAAUAGAAAACCUCCAGGGCAGCAAUAUUUUGGCUAGAGCGCCUUUCCCCCCCAAGAGCAUCAUUCCCUCCUGUGGCUUCCAGCAACAGGAACAUUACUUGCCUCCAGUAAUGUGGAGGAAGAGCAUAGCCAACAUGGCCCAGAUGAACACAGCAAAACAUUUUGAUGCAUUGUAAUUCAUGUUCAUGUGGUUAAACCACAGAGCCUAGGGCUUGCUGAUCAGAAGGUCGGUUCGAAUACCCAUGACGGGGUGAGCUCCCGCUGCUCGAUCCCUGCUCCUGCCAACCUAGCAGUUCGAAAGCACGUCAAAGUGCAAGUAGAUAAAUAGGUACCGCUCCGGCGGGAAGGUAAAUUGCUCUGCUUCACCAGAAGCGGCUUAGUCAUGCUGGCCACAUGACCCGGAAGCUGUACACCAGCUCCCUCAGCCAAUAAAGCGAGAUGAGCGCCACAACCCCAGAGUCGGCCACGACUGGACCUAAUGGUCAGGGGUCCUUUUACCUAAUUCAUGUUCAUAGUUUGGUCGAUGUUAUUUAUGUUCUGAUUUUCAAACUUGUUUUUAACCUUGGCUUUUGCUGGCAAUUGUAACAAUGCAUUUUCACAAGGACUCCCCCCCCUAAACAAGCAAACAAACAAUCAACCCUCAAAGUGAUUUGGAAAUGAGGAGAACUGAUCUUAAGACUAGGACAAUGAAAAUGGAGGAAACUGACAGGUUCGCCCAACUUUAGUGGCAACAAGCAACUGGGGGUGGGGAUAACAGCCAUGUCCCCCUCAGGCCUUGAACUCCUUUGGCAAAGGUUUUGACAAAAAUAUGUUUUCCGAGACUGCUCAUAGAAAGGCAAAGCAAAUGGCCCUUGGGGGCAGGGCGUGGUGCAAGAAGAGAUAGAGAAACUAAAUGGCUUUCUGCUUCACUGAGCUAUUCAGCUGUCCUAGCAGACUAGGGUUAUCUUCUUCUUCAUUUGAAUAGAAAGGCAAACCUUAAAUCAAUCAGUUGCCACCACCGACCACACCAGGGGCUGGUCAGCUUGAGGGCACUGGGACAGAUCCCCCCCAUGAAGUCGUUUUAAAAUCUGGCUCCUGGCAGCCCUUCCAAAUUUUAAAUUGGGACGCGAUUCACCUUUUGCCUACACUUGAAAGGGAAGCAGCGUUUGCUCCUAUGGCAAAUUCUCUGUGAAGUGCAUCUGCUGUUCAUCUCUCAUUACCUUGGCCCACUGGCCGAGACAUUUUGAUGCCGAGAGGCAGAACAUUUAAAUGUCACCCCCUGUGCGGCCAAGAAUAGGAUAGGCAAUUAUUUCUUGCCUUAUCUGCUGCCCUUUAGUGGUGCUCUGAAAUUUGCUGCCUGCGGUACAUGGAUUUGCCGUGCCAAUUUCAUUCUCUCCACCUUUCAUCCACUGUCGCCUACCAGAGAGGACAUGAUUGAAGUUUAUAAAAGUAUGCAGUUUGGAGAAAGGAUAGAGAAGUCCCCCCCCCCAAACCCCACCUAUUUAUUUAUUUCAUUUCUACCCUCCCUUAUCCUCAAGCGAUAAGGUGCUCAAGGUGGCGUAUGUGGUAUUUUCCCUAUCUCACUUCAUCCUCACCACAACCCUCUGCGUUAGGUUAUGCUGAGAGACGGUGACUGUUUGUAAGAGCUGUUUGACAAUGGAACGGACUCCCUCAGAUAGUGGAGGACUCUCUUUCAUUGGUGGUCUUUAAGCAGAAGUCAGACGGCCAUCUUUUCAGGGAGUCUUUAGCUGUGAAUCCUGCAUUGCAGGGGGUUGGACUAUGACCCGGAGGCCCCUUCCAACUCUAUGAUUCUGUGACUAGCCCAAGGUCACCCACUGUGCUUCAUGACCCAGUGGGGAUUCAAACCCUGGUCUCUGCCAGGCCCUAGUCCAACACACUAACCACUACAGUACACUCUUAUUAGGGAGUCAAGAGCCAGGCUAGGGCUGCCCUGAUGUUGAUGCUAUUUAUCUGUUCUUUUCAUGCAGCUGCUUGUUUGCGCUGGAUUGCAGGCAUCCUUUGUGUGGCUUUCCCUGCAGGCAUAAAAAUAUGUCCAUCACGGGGCUGAAGAGGAAGCAGCCAAAAACGUUUAAGGUGAAAGUUAUAACGAUGGAAAUCGAAAUGGAGUUUAGUUGCGAGGUAAGUGGCUUUAAAAAAAAAAAAAGGCCAAAAUUAAGGUGCAGAAAAGCUUUCAUCGACACUUUAGGAUUUGCAUAUAAAAUUAGGCAUUGGAGUGGAGAAAGCAGAUAGAGAUUUUUUUUUUCUCCACCUCUCCCAUAAUGCUAGGAACUUGUGGACAAGCUGAGUGCUGGAAGAUUCAGGACAGGCAAAAUAAAGGGCUUCUUCAGACAAUGUAAACUAUGGAACUCACUCCUGCAGGAGGAGGUGAGGGCCGCCAGGUUGGAGGGUAUAAUCUUAUACAGUGGUACCUCGGGUUACAUACGCUUCAGGUUACAGACUCCGCUAACCCAGAAAUAUUACCUCGGAUUAAGAACUUUGCUUCAGGAUGAGAACAGAAAUUGGGCUCUGGCAGCGCGGCAGCAGCAGGAGGCCCCAUUAGCUAAAGUGGUGCUUCAGGUUAAGAACAGUUUCAGGUUAAGAACGGACCUCCGGAAUGAAUUAAGUACUUAACCCGAGGUACCACUGUACACAUCUAUCAAGUCUUUUUUCCUCAUCCAAGCAGCUCCAAAUAUUGUAAUCUUUUCUUCUAAGGGAGUUGCUGCAGCCCUUUGACCAAUAUGCUUGCCCUUUCCGGGCUUCUGGCAUUGGCCACACACUUUCAACAAUAAGGGCUAGGAACUUGAUCUUUCCACAGAGCUGAAUUCUGCACCCCACACUACAAGAUACGCCUCUUCUUUGCUUGCACUGUUUGAGUUCUCUCAUCUUAGGCCAGCAACGGAGUGGGUCAUCCCUUUCUAAAAACCAGGCUGUCGAGUUUCUCUUGGUUUUCCCCACUGAUGUUCUGUCUUUCUUCCUUGUAGAUGAAAUGGAAGGGGAAGGACCUCUUUGACCAGGCGUGUCGUGCUCUGGGCCUGCGGGAAUCCUGGUUCUUUGGCUUGCAGUACUCUAUCAAAGGAAUGAACACCUGGUUGAAGAUGGAUAAAAAGGUAUGGAGGCUAACUUUAGCUUGCAGAAGAGCUUGCAUGGCAAUCUAGAAAGCCUUAGUAAGCUUGAUUUGUGCAGCUCCAGAUGAUAGGACCCGAUUCAGUGGAUUCAAAUGGCAAGAAAUGAAAUUCCGUCCAAGUAUUAGGAAUCAUGAUAAAAAACUGUUUGACAGAGGAACGGACAACCCCAGAACAUGGUGAACUGUUCUUUAUUGGAGGAGGUUUUUAAGCAAAGGUUGGUUGGCCAUCUGUCAGGGAUUAUUUAGCUGUGAUUCCUGCAUUGCAGGGGGUUGGACUAGAGGACCCCAGGAGGUCCCUUCCAACUUUACAAUUCUAUGAGUCUAUACUUGGGAAUGCUGCCAGGAAGUGAACUUGGGACUUUCUGCAUAGAGGCAGAUGCUCUACCGUUGAGUUACAAUAGCCCUUUCCUGUUGCAUCUCACUGUGUAGCCAUAGAAAAGCCACCACACUUUCUGAUCUUAGCUGCAAACUGGGCCAGUAUAUAUUGCAGAUUGGUGGGUGGGUUUCUCAAAGAGAGCAGGGCUUUGCCUAAAGCAACCAAAUGUGUUCCUGGCAAAGUAUUGUCAUUGCACAGUGGCUCAGCUGCUCAUCUUUCUGUCUGUCUGUCUGUCCAUAUUACUCUCUCUUUACAAAAAGGAAUUCUAAUACUCUCAAAAACAUACUUUAAAACACAGAGAAGGAAAAGGAAGUUGAAAAGGCACACAUGUGUAACUAAUUCUUCUCUCUUUCACCAUGUAAUGCUAUAUAUAUAUGUGCUAUAUAUCAGGUUUGGGGCACCUUAAUCCCUCCAGAUGUAGCUGAACUACAGCUCCCAUCACCCCCAGCAGGCAUGGCCAAUGGGAUGCUCAGGAACAUAUCUGAUGAUUCCCACACUAUCUUUAUCUCUACCUAUAAUCCCCAAAGUGGUAAAUACAUUAAAUCUAUUAAUAUAAAAUGUUUAAGUUCAUAAAUAUUCUAAAUAUUGGAAUACUGUAUUACCAACAUUAUCCUCUAUAAAUACAGUUGUACCUUGGUUUUCGAACAGCUUAGUUCUCGAACGUUUUGGCUCCUGAACACCACAAACCCGGAAGUGAAUGUUCCAAUUUGCGAACUAUUUUUGGAAGCCGAACGUCCGACAGGGCUUUUGUGGCUUCUGAUUGGCUGCAGGAGCUUCCUGCAGCCAAUCAGAAAUCACACUUUGGUUUCUGAAUGUUUUGGAAGUCAAACGGACUUCUGGAACAGAUUCCAUUCUACUUCCGAGGUACGACUGUAUAAUCAAACCCAAUAUUUAAAAUACACAUGUAUACUAAAAGUCCAUAAAUUUACAAAUAUAUAAACCUUAUAAAGAACAAUAUAAGAUUUCAUUUAUUUUCAAUGUUCUUUAAAACUGAUUCCCUUUGUUCUUCAACAGGUUCUGGAUCAGGAAAUUCCCAAGGAAGAUCCCAUCAGAUUUUGUUUUUUAGCAAAAUUUUACCCUGAGAAAGUUGAAGAGGAACUUCUGCAGGAGAUCACCCAACACCUCUUUUUCCUGCAGGUCAGAAGGUAUUUCUUUUAUUUUAAAGUUGACUUUUGAAUUGUUGUAGUUACCUUCUGGGCGUUUGGUGUGUCUGGCCCCUAGGUUUUGGAAUCACUGUCUGCUUAUUCUUUCACUCUGUGCCUCCUGUCAGUGGCGAGAGCUUGUGAAGAGUUAAUUUUCUGGGUUGAGCAGGUUUCCUUGUGAAAGGUUUUUCUUCUGUUGCUGUUAUAUAUAUUUUUUUCAAGAUCACCUUGACAAUUAUUUGUGUUGAGCUGUUUUGCAAAGACGAAGGCACUAAAGGCUGCCUCCCCCCCUCCCCCGGUUCCUUUCAUCUCUGAAAACCUGCACUUUCAUUUUCUUCUCUUUCAAACCAGCCUUGGCUUGCCUUGACUUUGAGGAAUGCAAUUCGCCUGUAAUUAUUUUCUUCCUGUUCCAAAAGAAAUGCAAAAUGGGGAGCAGGGUGAGGAAAUCGACGCAUUAGAACUUGCAGAGGUUCCUGACGGUUAAGAAUCAGACAUUGCACCUGCAGCAGAAUAAUUGGGGACGGGGAGCGGGGGCAGAGAGAGCGUGUAUAGGCAGCUGGGUGCUUCAAGGCAUUCAAAUGAACAGAUUAAAUUAAAGCAGGGAGUGGGAAGUCUGGCCACACUUCCUCUGCUGCCACACCCCUCAGUGGGGUUUCCACCCUCCUCCAGUGUUUUGGCUUGGCGGUGUCCUUGAACUCUGAUCAUGCACUUUUGGAUGGAGGAGAAAGACCGAUGUGUCUUUAGAGAAACUAAUAUUUUAAAACCACAGGAAGAGCCUGCUGGACCAGGCCCAGGGCCCAUCUAGUCCAGAUUCCUGUUCUCACAGUGGCCAGCCAGAUGGCUGUUGGAAACCUGCAAGUAGGACACAAACAUAAGAGCCCUCUGCCCUCCUGAGGUUUCCAGAAACUGGUAUUCAGAAACGCGGCUACCUCCGGCUAUGGAGGCAGAGCAGAGCCAUCAUAGCCAAUAGCCAUUGAUAGCCCUCUCCUCCUCCAUGAAUUUAUCCAAUCCUCUUUUAAAGCUGUCAGAAUUGGUGGCCGUCACACAGUUCCACAGUUUAACUCUGACCUGCCUUUCUUUGGUCUGUCCUGAAUCUUACAGCUUUCAGCAUCAUUUCAUGUCCAUGAGUUCUAAUGUCCUGAGAGAGGAAGGAAAACCUUUCUUGGUCCAUUUUCUCACUGGCCACUCCACGUUGAGCUAGAUGGACCCUUCUUGGUUUAACACAUGGGUAGGCAAACAAAGGCCCGGGGGCCAGAGCCAAUCGCCUUCUAAAUCUGGCCCGCAGACAGUCCAGGAAUCAGCGUGUUUUUACAUGAGUAGAAUGUGUCCUUUUAUUUAAAAUGCAUCUCUGGGUUAUUUGUGGGGCCUGCCUGGUAUUUUUACAUGAGUAGAAUUUGUGCUUUUAUUUAAAAUGCAUCUCUUGGUUAUUUGUGGGGCAUAGGAAUUCUUUCAUUUCCCCCCCAAAAAAUAUAGUCCGGCCCCCCACAAGGUCUGUGGGAUAGUAGACUGGCCCCCUGCUGAAAAAGUUUGCUGAACCCCAGUUUAACGCUUCACAGGAGUGCUUAUUUUCUAACUGCCAGCAGCUUUGUAUGUGGUGAGAGGGCAGCAUUUGAACGUUCCUUAGUUAGCAAUGAUGCUUUUAAAAAAGGGGUAAUUGACAGCCUGAAAUGUUCUUGAGUACAGCUCACAAGUCUGCAGUUGCUGCCAGAGAUUCUUUUCUUUCCCACUUAUAACUCGGCUAACGGUUACUUUUCAUGUGCCAAGACAAAGUCUGGGCAUGUAUUGUUUUGUUUUCAAGCUUGUCUAAGCCUUGGAUUUCUCUCCCUCCUCUCCGCCCCCCCCCUUUCUUCCGCCUCCACCCCCCAGGUUAAGAAACAAAUACUGGAUGAAGAAAUCUACUGCUCUCCUGAGGCUACAAUUUUGUUAGCGUCUUAUGCUGUUCAGGCCAAGGUGAGGCUUUGAAAUUGCUUGGUUGUCACCUUCUAUUGCUUGCAGAACAACAUUAAAAAAAACCCUUUUGCUUAAUCACACAGUGCUAAUUAAUGCAGGAAAGCACCCAUUUAAAGCAGUGCUGGAAAACAGGAUGGGGUGAUUUUGGCACCUUGUUUUAUUCUCUGUUGGGUGUUGGCUGGUUUGUUAGUUUGUUUAUGCAAGAAGAUAUACAGUAUGAACAUAUCCUAAUUCAAAGAGCUUGCAGGAGGGUGAAAAACAGAGCAGCUCUUUUUUAAAUUUAUUUUUAUUAAAUAUUUUCUUGGUUUACAAAAGUACGUGCCUUGUCUCUUUUUUCAGGUUAUACAGUCUAUCUUACAAAUCAGCUACAUUUGUUGUGAGACAUUAGGGUUGAAUACAGUAUAAGGUUGGGGAAGAAGAGGGGGGAGAGCAGGGGUGGGGUGGGGAGGCUUAUAUUCUUUUGCAUAGUGUAUGUGUGGCGUUUUGUGUCAGCGUCAACUAGGUAGGUUCUCUUUCUCUUCGUUUAUUACAUUUCCUUGGUCGUGAGAGGUGUUGGGGCAGGGUGCGGUUGGUUGUCUGUGGCUGGCUGCAGUGGGGUUUGUUCGCAUUUGUGAGGGGGGGAAGACUUGUUGGGUCAGGUAAGCCAGAUUGAUUCGUAUGCUGUCGGUGGAUUCUUGUUGUGUUGGGCUGUGUAUGUGAUAAAGGGGGGGCAUACUGGGGUGAAGGCGUCCUCUUCUGUUUGUCUCUGUGUCAGUUUUAGUUUAUUGGUUAGCUUUUCUAGUAAGGUCGUUUCCCGUACAGUUUGAUACCAUUGGCCAAUGUUUACUCCUGACAGGUCUCUCCAGUGUUUGGCUCUGAGGCUUCUGUCUGCUGAGAGUAGGUGGGUUAUAAGCUCUGUAUAAUGUUGAGUGUUCAUUCUGAUCUUGGAAGAUGUUCAGUAGGGCCAGUUCUGGGGUGAGCUCUAAUACCUGUUUAGUUAUUUUGCAUAUCUCUCGUAGGACUGCUACCCAGAAGGGUUGGAUUUUAGGGCAUCCCCACCACAUGUGGAAGUAUGUGCCUGUGGAGGUACAACCUCUCCAACAUCUUGGUGAGGUCCCUGGGCAUAUCAGUGCCAGUUUCUGUGGUGUUAAGUACCACCUGUAAGUGAGUUUCAGAGUGAGUCCCCUUCUUUUGGCUGACAUGGACUUAAAGGGAAGUUUAGACCACAUUCUAGCCCAUUGGGUGGGGUUAGUUUCGUAGCCUCUGUCAUGCUUCCAUUGUUCUUUGAUUGCAUCAAGGGGGUUUGUGGGGUUUGGGAACAGUAUUCUGUAUAUUAUGGAUACCAUCCCUUUGCCGUGUCCCUCUUCUGUCAGGAAAAGGUUUUCGGAGGUGGUCAAGGGCCUAGUGGCUGCUGAUUUUACUGCUGGAUUGUUUAAGAAGGCAUGUAGUUGAUUGUGUGUUAGCAAACUAGUCCUCUAAUUUGUCUUGUAUUUCUUGUGUUGGUGUGGGUUUGUUGUUUUUGUAGAAGAGUUUAAGGAGUUUUUUGGCUCCUAUUUGUAGUGUGGUGAGAGGGUUGUUAUGUCUUGUUAUAAUUUACCAAUUUUUGACGUUGGUUUUUUAAGGGAUGCCCUCUCCUUUAUGCAGGCUCCUCUGGUGACUGCUUUCAUUGUGUCCUAGAGGAGGGGGGUUGUUAUGUCAUUCAUGCCGUUGUCCUUUAAGUAGUUUUGGAGAGUUUUCAAGAGACUCUCUCUAGCUAGUUGGUUUGUGGCAGAGCAGUUCUUUUGCAGACACUUCUGGUUUUGCAAAUAAGGAUUUCUGCAGGCUCCAAAGACAUGGAAGUCUGGUGCAGCCUCCUCUCUGACUGUGAUUUCACUGGGCGUUGGUCACCUCAGCUUCUCUGAGAUUAAAUUUACAUAUUUUCUACCUUGAAGUAGUAUUUUUUUUUAGUCAGUGGUUUAGGCCUCUACACUAUUAAUUUAAAGCAGCAUAAUACCACUUUAAGAAGCCAUGUACCACUUUUAAAAGAACCAUAUUGGCCCGAAUAUAAGCCACACGUUUUUCCAAAUUCUGACAGUGAAAAGUUAAAGUGUGGCUUAUAUUUGCGACCUUCCCUUUCCCACGACGGCUCCGGGGAGGCUUGGGAGCAGUGGGGGACUGUGUUGUAUAACUUUAUUUCUUUAUUUUUAUUUUUUAAUUUUUUUAAUACAUUGUAAGAUUCUAUCGCCUGCCAACCUAGCAGUUUGAAAGCACGUCAGAGUGCAAGUAGAUAAAUAGGCGGGAAGGUAAACGGCAUUUCCGUGUGCUGCUCUGGUUUGCCAGAAGCGGCUUAGUCAUGCUGGCCACAUGACCCGGAAGCUGUACGCCGGCUCCCUCGGCCAAUAAAGCGAGAUGAGCGCUGCAACCCCAGAGUCGUCUGUGACUGGAUCUAAUGGUCAGGUGUCCCUUUACCUUUAAGAUUCUAUCAAAAAAUGAAUAAAACGUAGUUUUAAACAAAUCAUUCCAACCGAACACUAGCUAUGGCCAGCUCAUUUAAAAUAUAUCCUGCUGAUGAUGCUUUCUUGCCUCCUGCAAAAGUCAGCAUACAAAUGCAAGAAGAGCCUUGCCGGAUUGAAAGAGGUUAAUUGACUAAGUAGAUUUUAUGUGAAAAUAGAUUUGGAAAACUCAGUUAGGGGGAUUCAAGGAAGUCACCCAACAAUGUUAACAAAAGUAGAACUAUUACAGUUAGGAUCUAUGUUUCCUUGCUUGUUUGUUUUUUGAUGUUUUCUUUUUGUAUUUGUUGAUAUGUUUGUUAUAAAUUUGGAAAAUUAAUAAAUAUUUUGAAGGGGGGGAAAAAAGAGCCUUGCUGGAUCCUGCCAAUGGCCCAUCUAGUCUAGUAUCCUUUUAUCCUAGAGGCCAAAUACCCAAAUAAUCUAGAAAUCUAGAUAGACUGCCUCUGGACAUGGAGGUUCCAUAAGAAACCUGCUGCAUCAGGCCAAAGGGGACCCAUCUAUUCCAGCAUCCUUUUCCCACAGUUGCCAACUCCAAAUGCCUCAGGGAAAGUUCAUUGGAAGUGUGAUGUCCUGCUGAAGCAGUUCAUAUCUGUUGGGUUUAAUAUGCUCGCUGGGGAAUGUGUUGGGAUUGAAGACGAAUAUCAUUUCAUUUGUUGCCAUGAACUGCCUUCAUCCUCUCCUCCUGCUGAGGAUUCUGUUACCCUUUUAGCAAGCUUCUUCCUCCUAGCUGGCUACUUCCUUCAUGGCAUGUUCUGUGAAAGGGUCACCGCCUUUCCUGAUCUCUUUCUCUUCUUUGCGUUACAGUAUGGUGACUAUGACCCAAACCUGCACAAGCCGGGCUUCCUGGCUCCGGAGGAGCUUUUACCAAAGAGAGUAAGUUUCCUUUUUUUAAAAAAAGACCACCACCACCAACAGCAGCCAGAGUAGGCUGGUGGAGUUGGGCAGGUAGGGGGGCAGACUGGGAUUUCAGGACCUGGGACAGUUCUGAAAUAGCCACUUGCUGCAACAAGAACUUGAUAUUUUAGUGUGGUAGCACCUACACGCUGGAACUCUCUGCCUAUUGACACCAGGAAAGUGCCUUCACUGUACUCUUUCUAGCGCCUGCAAAAUAUUGAUUUAUGUUUUGAUCCGCUGUUAGUUUAUUGCCGGAAUUAUUUUUAAAUAGUUGCUUUUAUAAUUUUAUUGUUUUAUACUCUUUGUACACUGCAGACAGGGUCUGUCCCUAGUCCCAAUGUGGCUUUAGAGCUCAGAGGUUAAUAGCCGACAUGAUUUUCUCACUGCGUCAGCUGCAGGAGAAAUAUCAAGAGCAGAGACUUCUCUUGUACAUCACCUUCAUAGUCCUGACGAAGACAUUCAUUUUUAACCAGGCCUUUGAUUGAUUGAUUGACAUCCAGUGCUUUUUAAAAUGUGUUAGGGUGGGAUUAUUGGGUUGUUCUUGUUUUUAUUUUGAUUUAUGUCUUUUGUGUUUUUAUAUUGUGAUUUUAUUCUGUGAACCGUCUUGAGACUUGCUGGUAUAGGGAGGUAUAUUAUUAUUAUUAUUAUUAGUAGUAGUAGUAGUAGUAGUAUUAUUAAAGAUGGGGAUUUGGGGGCUCUUCCAAGACAGGGGACUCCUGAGAAGACCAGCUUUGGGAUUUGGAGAAGGGAACAGCUUCACUCAUUUCCUUCUCCUUUCCAGGUCCUCCGCCAAUAUCAGAUGACACCUGACAUGUGGGAAGAGAGGAUUACAGCCUGGUACGCUGGGCACCGGGGCAUAGCCAGGUACUGGGGCACCUGUGUCUGAGGCCAUAGCAUGGGGCAGGAGGAGGCAGCUGAGCGGCUGAUGCGUCUUCAAUGUCCUAUCAAACGUUGCUGGAGCUACUGAGAAGUGAGGCUGCUUCUUAGGUGCUUCUUUUUCGUACUAGAAUGCAAGGGCAGGAAAAAAACAACAAGUGGGUGGAGCAAUGAAGAUAAAUUUUACCUUUCUUACAGCAGGCUGGUUUCCACAUGCCUUUUCAUAUUGUCUUGCUGCAGCUUGUAAGUUGUUUUGAUUGGUGCCAAUGGAAAAGCAGAAUAGAAAUCCUACAAAAUAAUUAAAUGUUGCUCAUUAGUGUAUUGCAGGGGGUUGGGGCAGAUGAUUCUUUAGGUCCCUUUCGACUGUAAAAUUCUAUGUUUCUCUAUUGUCCUCUUCUCUUAGGUAUGAAGCUGAGAUGAACUAUCUUAAAAUUGCACAAGACUUGGAGAUGUAUGGGGUCAAUUAUUUUCCUAUAGCUGUAAGUGUCUUUGUUGUUGUUGUUUUUAAAUGUAGAUAUAUUUUUCUGGAUGCAUGAAGUUUGCUCCUUUAAAAUUGGCAGCAGGGAGUGGGGGGCUGGGGGGAGAAGGUGGCUCAGUCUCCUAUAGAGAAAGCCAGGGCAGAGCAGCAGUGGAUUUGAGUGGAUUUGAGCUGGGAAAGGCUUAACCCCAUCCCCUCUGUAUCUCAGGGUGCAGCUAGGACCAUCCUGUCCUGUCCCCUUUAUAAAUAUCUGAGGAAUGAGAUCAUUACCCCACUCUUACCUACCAUCCCAGGCCGCCCAUCUGAGGCCACAUUGUGCUUUCUUUUAUCAGAUCAAAAUGACCAGACAACAGCAAAGGUUGCUAGGUUUAUCGAGGGUGCAAUGAGAUUAAGGGCCACUAUCUGAACGAUAAUCUUGGCCAUUUGAUUGCCCUUUUUACCCAUUGCUGUCUUUUUUAUCUGUAUAUAUUUUAUUUGUAUAUAUUGCUUGUUUUAUGUUGCCAUGGCUGUUGGCUAAUGCGAAUAAGGUUUAUCUUAUCUUAUCUAGGACCAUCAGACAGUUAGGAAGUGUAUAGAUGACAUCUUUAGAGUAAAUUGGCAGUAUGAUCCCUCUCCUCCAAAUUGGAUCAGGGCCCUAGAGUGGGAGAAAUAGGGGUCCUUUCACCCUUGGCCUUCUGCUGUGGUGCCAAUCCAGAUCAAGCUUCCUGUGACUGCUUUGUGCAUUUUUUUGCGUGGGGGCCAGGGAAGGCUCCCACUGGAAAUGCAAAUAGCAGGCCUGCGUGGAUCCAUCCAGAUCUGGAUUGCAGCAAGGGGGCAAGGCAUUGGAGUGUCUCCUGUUGGGAACCAGUGCCCCAUGUGGCUAGCUGCACAACUGCAGCUUCUUAGGGGAGAAGACUUGCUGGGACGGGCCAAUGGCUGACCUAGUCUAGCAUCCUGUUCUGACAGGGACUAUCCAGAUGCCUUAAUGGGAAACCAGCAAGCAGAUUAAAAGCACAAGAGCACUUCCCUCCCUGUGUAGUUUCCGGAAACUGGUUUUCAGAAGCAUUGCUUCCUCCAACUGUGGAGGCAGAGCAGAGCCAUCAUGGCUAACAGCCAUCGAGAGCCCUCUCCUCUUUGAAUUUGGCCAGUCAUCCAAGUUGGCAGCCAUCACUGCCUCCUGUGGGAGGGAGUUCCAUUGUUUAACUUUGCACUGCAUGAAGAAGCCCUUCCUUUUAUCUGUCCUGAAUCUUCCAACAUUCAGCUUUGAUGAGAGCCAGUGUGGUGUAGUACAGUGAUACCUCGGGUUACAUACGCUUCAGGUUACAUAUGCUUCAGGUUACAGACUCCGCUAAACCAGAAAUGGUGCUUCAGGUUAAGAACUUUGCUUCAGGAUGAGAACAGAAAUCGUGCCCUGGCGGCGCGGCAGCAGCGGGAGGCCCCAUUAGCUAAAGUGGUGCUUCAGGUUAAGAACAGUUUCAGGUUAAGAACAGACCUCCGGAAUGAAUUAAGUACUUAACCCGGGGUACUGUAGUUAAGAGUGGUGGACUCGUAAUCUGGUGAACUGGGUUCGCUUCCCCGCUCCUCCACAUGCAGCUGCCGGGUGACCUCGGGCUAGUCAUACUUCUCUGAAGUCUCUCAGCCCCACUCACCUCACAAAGUGUUUGUUGUGGGGGAGGAAGGGAAAAGGAGAUUGUUAGCUGCUUUGAGAUUCCUUAGGGUAGUGAUAAAGCAGGAUAUCAAAUCCAAACUACUACUACUACUACUACUACUAGUUCUUCUUCUUCUUCUUCUUCUUCUUCUUCUUCUUCUUCUUCUUCUUCUUCUUCUUCUUCUUCUUCUUCUUCACUGGAUGUCCCCGAGUUCUAGUGUUAUGAGAGGAAGAAAAUAUUCUCUGUGUACACUCUCUCCAUACCAUGCAUAGAUAUUUUGUCAUGACACCUCUUAUUUGCCUUUCCCCUAAACUUAAAAAGUCCCAAAGACUUCCAGAAUGAUUCCACCUAGGCUGACCUUCGGCUCCCAUUGGGUAGGAAGAAGCUUGUGAGGGAUGGCUUUGCCGCUGAGCCUUGCUUGAACCACCAGGUCUACCCGAUCUCUGGUGUGACUUGUGUUGCAUCAUGCUCUUUUGUACUGAAUCUUGGUUUUCCUGUGAUCUGCUCUGAUCUAGAUGCUUAUUCAGUUCUGACUCCCAGUUCAAGGCUCCUGAUUCACUCCCAUGGCCCAGCCCUAAUCUGGAUGGAAUCCCCAGCAAUUUCUUUGAAAGAAGCCACUUGUGUAAUUGCUAAUUUUGUGUGUGGUGCCUCACUUAGUUUGCUACCUGGGUUCAGGCUCCAGCAGCCAACUUUGAGGCUCCCGCUUGGCCCAUUCUCAGGCUGUGUCUGAGAAUUGAUGCUUGAGAAUCAGUCAAGCCGUGGCUGAAGAAUUGUUUCCUUCACUCUGGACAUUUGCCUCCAACAUCUGUUCCCGCAGCAAAAGAAGAAUUGUACAGACUUUCUGCUUGGUGUCGAUGCCAAAGGAAUCCAUGUCUACAGCAUCAACAACCGCUUCUCUCCAAACAAAUCUUUUGAAUGGAGCAGCAUCAGGAACAUUUCCUACAGCGAGAAAGAGGUAGGUAGGUGUGUCUUAUUAAGGGGUGGCAGAACUGGAGAAGGUUGGGUUUUGCCUUUAUGCUCUGGCUCCACUUCUGUCUAUCAAAUUCAUUUAAUUUUACACUUUUCCACAAGAACUUAACCGACAGCUGAGAAGGUAUGGCAACUGAUAGAAGGAUCUCGGCUAUGGGGAUAUGCACUUCAGGAUAGUCUAGAGCAGUGUUUCCCCAACUUUUUUUGGCCACUGUCCCCUUGGUUCCAUAAACUCAUCCUCAGAGACCCCUACCCUAUCCUAUGGAAAAGCAUCAUUCAGAAAAGUGGUUUGCAUGACCCACUAAGGAGGAUAAUAACACAAUAAAAUUCAGCAAAUAAUAUAUAACGUGAAAAAAUAUUUCUGCGCUUUCUGACUGAUGUAAAAAUUGUGUUAUUCAAUUGAAUAUUGAAUAUACAGAAAGAUUUUGUUCUAACUCUUGCAACAUUAAUUGCAUUUAACCUUUUUGGUAGAAUGCAUUAGGCUUGAUUUUUGUGUGCACUUUGUGACUCUCCUACGCUGCAUUCCAUCUCUCCUUAUUUGACCACAGAGAGGCACAAAUGAAAUGGUCACUCAGGAGGUUUGGCUAUGCCUGUUUUGAGUUAGCACCGGGUUGUUGAGCUCUCCUUGAAGCUCUUUGACAUGUUUUGGGAACAGGGAAGUAAGACAGGAGAUUGAAAUGUCAAGUAGCUCCUACUGAAGGCACGGCUGUCAAGGUAACAGAGGUUAAAGUGCGAAAGCUGAGAGCAAAUGCUUUGGGGCACCCCAAAGUAAUUGUGGGGGCGCAGAUAUCAGUAUGGAGCCAUACGUGUUUUACAUCCCAUGACCUGCAACCUUUUCUGAUGUAGGGAGAACAAUGUUUUAAAGUUUAUAACUCUUUGUGUGCUGUGUAUAUAAGUUUUCUUCUAACGUGCCUCAUGACAGUUUUUCUAUCUAGAAGUUCUGCUGAGCAGCUGAUUAGCAGAGCUGGCCUAUAGUUUUAGGCAAUGCUUUUUUUCUAAAAAAAAAAUGUUUAGGGGUACUCUCGUUUUGACUCAAGAAAAUCACCAUUUUAUAGUUCAAAUCAGGGGAAAUAAAUACAGUAAAUGGACAAAAGUACAAAGAUUAACAAAAUGUUUAGGGGUAUGCACUGGUUUUAGGGAUAUUUUUGCAAUAGUUUUAAUAAACCAGGUCCCUACAGCGGACAUAGGCAAACUCGGCCCUCCAGAUGUUUUGAGACUGCAACUCCCAUCAUCCCUAGCUAACAGGACCAGCGGUCAGGGAUGAUGGGAGUUGUAGUCCCAAAAAACAUCUGGAGGGCUGAAUUUGCCUAUGCCUGCCCUACAGGAUGCUGAGAUUGUUGUUAGUCUCUUGCUCUCAUGUUUUAUUUAAAAAGGUGUUCCCUCACCUGUGUAAUGAACCGGUGGUGUAGAAGUAAAUUCUUAUCACAUGACUAACAAAGACGUAAGGGUGAAGGAAUUUUCUAGCAUAAAAUAUUUAUAUAUAACAACUCACCAAACAUGUGCAAACCUUCACCUACCACAGACACAUGGCAACAAAAAAAUUAAGAAAAUCAGUAGCUAUUAUUACCAAUCUUGUGGCUUGUGAAAACUCAGCAUCAUCAGUACAAACGAAUGUGACCAAUGGAAAUAGCUUGGAAAGCAGUUAGAAAAGUAAAACUUCAAAUACGAAGCGAGGGAAGUGUUUCGUUCUGGUGAAUCAUAAAUAAGCGAUCGACGUGUUCAGAGGGGCUGAUCUUCAGCACCCCCUUGUCUCUUAGUGCCCCCAGGUAACCCCACUGAGCCGCCAAGGGGCAGUACCCCCCACUUUGGGAAUCACUGGUCUAUAGUAAAUGCUGUGGGGACCCUCUUUUUUAUUAUUCCACUUGCAUCUAAUUAUGGGAAAGCACUGCUUCAAGCCACAUAAAGGCUUUGCAUGUGAAUGAAGUGAUGAAGAUCACCUGUAUAUCCUUUUGCUCUCUGUCUCUCUCUAGCUCACAAUUAAGCCCAUUGACAAGAAGGCCGAAGUCUUUAAGUUCUUCUCCUCACAGCCAAAAGUCAACAAACAGGUGAGGGUUUCCUUUUGGCUGUCUCCUUCAGGAUGGUUCCCUCUGUAGGAGUGGCAGAAGCUGGUCUCUUGGUGCCUAUGGAAGGAUGGGAGGGACAGAGGUAAAUUCAGGCUCACCAGGGGAGUCAUGAGCUUAGAAUUGGUCUGUAAGCAUGUGGUCACAUAUGCCUCUGUCUUGCUGUCUCAUCAGGAUCCUUUAGUCCAGUGGUUCGCAACCUUUUUUUGGCCAUGCCCUACCUAAGCAUCUCUAAAAUCCUGACACUCCCCCCCAUUGACAUAUAAUUUUUAUUAUUCAAAAUGUGAACUCCUAUUCAUGUGGAGGAAGCCUAAAAGGCCAUUUACUGUUAAUAACUCAUUCUCGAAUUGCACCCCCCUUAAAAAUCAAAUUUCCCCCCUGUGGGGCAUGUGCCCCAUGUUGGGAACCACGGCUUUAGUCAGAGCUUAGGGCAAUAAAAACUGCAUGCAUGGUGGGGUCUAAUGGGAUUGCCAUCACCUUUGAUCCCUGCCUGUGCACUUCCCUGGGGCAUCAGGAUGAUGGCUGUUGGAAACCCGAUAAAUGCGGAAUUAGAUGGAUCUCUAGUUAGGGUUGCCAUAUUUCAAAAAGUGAAAAUAUGGACACAAAAGUUGUUGAGCUUUUCACCCAGACACUGUUUCCGAUGACCAAAUCCCAGCUAUGCCCAGGAAAUGACGAACGUAUGGCAACCCUAGUUUAGCUCAACUGAGCUUCCAAGCACCUCUGAAUGGCGGGGCUAUAGAACCACCAACAGGGUAUCGUGUGCCAUGAGGGUUGGAUCUCACAAGGGAAGCAAAAGCUGUCAAACCAGUUUCUUCUUCAUGCAGUGCAUAGUUAAACUAUGGAACUCCCUCCCACAGGAGGCAAUGAUGGUCACCAGCCUAGACAGCUUUAAAAGAUUAGACAAAUUCAUGGAGGAGAGGUCUAUUGAUGGCUGCUAGCCAUGAUAGCCAUGUUCUGGCUCUACAGUCAGAGGCAGCCAUGCUUCUGAAUACCAGUUGUUGGAAACCACAGGAGGGAAGAAUGCUCUUGUGCUCAAAUCCUGCUUCUAGGCUUCCCACAAUGGGCAUCUGGUUGGUCCCUGUGAGAACAGGAUGCUGGAGUAGAUGGGCCCUUGGCCUGAUCCAGCAGACUCUUCUGAUGCUUUUACGUUAUAUUCUUCUGGGCUUGCUGAGCUGGGUAACGUCAGGACCACAGCCAGCUCCCAGUGGGCCUUGCGAGCCGAGCGCUUGGGAGACAUUGUCUCAGCAGAGUGUUGAGGCCACCUGGAGCCUGGAGCGAGCUGGGAAAGCCUGUCCUGUAACCGGAACAGCACUUCCUUGGAGGAGCUGGCUCUGCUGUCUUGAAGGGCCCUUGUCUGCAAGGAAGCCCUGGCUUUCAUGAUGUGGGAGGGAUGGUGAUGUUAGUGGAGACGCAUCCUCUGACUGAGGAAGGCAGGAAGGCAACCUCUUCAGACCAGAAUAGGAGGUGCUAAGGUUCGCUCAAUGAAUGGGGCAGCCUGUAUUUUCCUCAUGAGGGCUGUGGUUCAGGGAUCACAACAUGGGGGGGGGGGAGUCAGUUGCAUUUGCACCCUGCUUGUAAACUGGUCAUUGUGAAAAUCAGGAUGCUGGCUGAGGUCGGAUCCAGCGAGGGUUAUACUUGCCUUCCUUUCCCGCAGAUCAUGCAGCUGUUCAUCGGAAACCACGACUUGUUUAUGAGGAGGAGGCGAGUGGACCCCAUCGAGAUCCAGCAAAUGAAAGCGCAAGCUCGGGAGGAGAAAGCAAGGAAGAAGGUGAGCUUUUGGGGGAGCAUCUGCUUCAAACGUUGUCGCAAAGCUUCUACCCGCUGCCUCCUGGGCCGGAAAGCUCAUUGGUUGACCAUGAGAAGGUCACACCCUCCACCCACCCCUUUCUCUCUCUCUCUCUGUUUUGCCUACCUCACAGGGUGGUUGGGAGGGUAAAAUGAGCAGGUGGGAACCACACGGGGCAUCUUGGUUGGAAGAAUACUCGAACAAAAAAACUGAAAGAAGUCAAAUAUGGCAACCACCUUUUGUGGACUUAUUUGCAAGGAGGCUUUCAUGAUAUAUUACAGUUCAUAGCAUGCAAUCCAUUCUGGCAUACAGACGGUAUAUAAAUGAAUAAACAAUGUAGUGUUUGGUAGGGGAGAGGCAAGAUUAAGAUGGGCAUUGUAGCUGUUGGCUCAGGGGGCUGCACAAUGUUCCGGCGAAGCGGCUUUGCCCAUGGUCAGCCUUGCCUAUUUCCCCAGAUGGAGCACCAGCGCCUGGCCAGGGAGAAGCAGCUGCGGGAGGAGGCUGAGCGGGCGAAGGAGGAGUUGGAGCGGCGCCUUUUUGAGGUGGAAGACAAGGCCCGGCAAGCCAAUGAGGCUUUGGUGAGCAUUGCCAUGGCAUUGCCUAGGGUUGCCAUAUUUCAAGAAGUAAAAAUCUGGACAAUUGGUGGCUCAACGUAAGUUGUUGAGCUUUUUUCGGGUGAUCACCAUGAGCUAUUGACCUUUUGGGGGGGGUGAGCAGGUGAUCGUUGUCCACUGUCUGCCACCACUGAUUCCCCCAAUCGCUAUGCCGAUUGCCCAACAGGCAGAGGAGCAGCUAUGGGCGUUUAGUGGGCUCCAGCAGCUCCAGUUCCAGUGCGACUCCCGAAUGCCCAGGUCUCUCGUCAUUAUUGAGUUCAUUUUAUCUUUUCAAUACAAAAUCCCUCUUCAGCGCCGUUCGGAGGCAGCGGCAGAGCUUUUAGCCGAGAAGGCCCAGAUUGCUGAGGAGGAGGCCAAGCUCCUGGCCCAGAAUGCCGCUGAGGCUGAACAGGAGCGUCACCGCCUGGAGAUGGCUGCCUUGAAAACCAAGGAAGAGAAGCUUCUGAUGGAGCACAAAAUGCGGGAGGCAGAACUGAUUGCCAUGAAGCUGGUAAAAGAAUCGGACCGAAGGUGAUGAGGCCUGGGGCGGGAUGCUCAGUGGGCUUUGGGGCUUCUGGGGCUGGCCGGACGCUGCUUAGGAUGGCCUCCAACACGUUUUUCUGUCUUUGGAGGGCAUUUCCUUGAGUCCUUCUUUCAGGUUUGAUCAGGUUUGUUUGUGAUGUCCCCUUGAAAAGUACAUAGAGAGGAAGGAGGAAGUUGGAAGAGUGGCACUCUUUCCCACUUCCUCUUUCAGCUUGAUGUCUUUCUCAGGAUUAAUCCAGCUGACCCAGCCUGCUUUUUUAAAAUGAAUAGUGCUAAUUCUCACCUCCCAGACUAAUACAUGGACUGGAAUGUCAUUAUCCUUUGGAUUUUGCACUUCUCCGAAUUUUGCAACUCUCUUCCUGGCUCCAAGAAAUGUAUCAAAAUGCAUUAAAAACACAUGUUUUUCAAUAAAUUAUAUCUAGAAAGGCAUACAUUGAGAUAAAAUAUUUACUUAAAUAACUUAGUGAUAAAAUAUGUAUUUUGAUAUUAUUUCAUACAAAUUAUGCACCACUUAGGCAGCUGACAGAAUUAUGAGUAUUUAUCAAUAAAAGCAUUGAAAAUUAGGUAAGGACCAUGGCAAUUUCCAGUGCAUCAGUUCAGCAUUAUGGGGUUGCUUGAGCACUCAUGGUGAUGGUUCUUGUUCGGCAGGGCUAAGGAAGCUGAACAUCUGAAACAGGACCUGCAGGAAGCCAGAAAUGCAGAGGAAAAAGCCAGGCAGAAACUCCAGGAUGUUGGCAAGCUCAAUCCUCCUUCUGUAAGUCUUUCUCCUGGUAGGGAAGUGUGGGGUUUGCUAAGGUGCCUGCAAUGGCUUUUAUUGCCCCCCUGGGCAGGUUCCCAAGAUUUUGCAUUCUUUUCUUUUAACAUUUCCUUUAUUACUAUUAUUAGCAAAGCAAAAGUGUGGGAGCAGGGUAUUAUAUCAUACCAUAUACAAAGCAAACAAUCAAUAAAUAAUAAGAGAAAGAAAUGGCUGUGCACCAUCUAAAUUGAGACAUCCCUAUUUCCUGAGCUGGUGAAGACAUUUGAAGCCAGCCCUGUAUAGGGAAGUUUUUAAUGUUUGAUGUUUUAUUGUGUUUUUGUAUUUCGCUGGAAGCCACUAAUAAAUAAUAAUAAUAAUAAUAAUAAUAAUAAUAAUAAUAAUAAGCAUCUAAGUCUGAAGCAGAGGAAAUACAAUCCCACCGGAUGAAAUAAAAGCAUUCUGGAUCCUCCAUCCUCCCAAUGGAAACAUGCAGUUUAUGGGCAGUUCUUUCCACAAUAGCCACAAGUUCUUAUACUACAUAGAAAAAUGCAGAUUUUUUUUCAACAUCUUUCCUUGCUGGGCUAUUGAAAUGCUAGCUGCAGCUAGCAUUCAUGUCAAAAUCUCAAGUGUUCUCAUUUUUAAAAAGUAAUUCUGUAGCCAUAUUAGCAAAAUAGCAGGUAGCCCUCUAAGCAAUUUUUAUGAACUGGCUGCUCCCUUUUAUCAGUGUUUAUAGCCAAUGUAUGUGGUCAGAGUUCUGAGCAAGAAGUUAACUUGUUUGGACAGCAGGCAAAAGGCCAGUUCUGCAGAUCAAAGUGGCUGAGGUGGCUUGUAUGUUCCUAAGCCAGUCUCUGUCCAUCCAGCGGGUCUUAAAGCCCCUUUGCAGGCCGGAACUGGAGCCUGUCCCUGGACCUGGCACCAGGCUCCAGGCACAAGGGCCACAGAUGGGGCAUUAUGAGUCUGAAUCAGAAUUUCCAUCACCCAAGACUUGUCUUUCCUAGAAGACGUUCUGUGCCCAUUGUGUAUUUUUAUUUAUUGCAUUUAUAUCUCAACUUUUUUGCAAAGGGGCUCAAGGCGGGGUCCAUGGUUCUACCCCCUCCUCAUUUAAUCCCCACCACAACCCUGUGAGGUAGGUUAGGCUGAGAGACUGUGACUGGACCAAGGUCACCCAGUGAACUUCAUGGCUGAGUGGGGAUCUGAGCCCUGGUCUCCCAGGUCCUAGUCGAAUGCCAUAACCACUACUGUCCCCUUAAAAACGGUUCUGCCUAAAAGCCUUCUGGGUUUCAGAUGAUGUUUCAAACCCUUCCUCUCUGUUUUGACACCAGAAUGCUGCCAAGGGCACCCAGCCCUCCUCCGCUGAUGCCAGGGAUGCCUGCCCUGACAAAGUAUCCAUAAAACUGGAUUUAAGGGACAUUGACUUGAAGAGGCUUUCCUUGGAGAUAGAGCGAGAGAGGUAGGAACUGGGAAGAGAGCAGCAGGGGAGCUUUCCUGGGCUCCCAAUCAAGAUGCUGCCACCAGAAGCAGAAGCACUCUGCAUCAGCUCAACCAGGCCACGGGGGUUCCAAAGGGAAGCCUGUGAGCAGCACCUGAACGCAACAGCAGCACUCUCCCCACUUGUGAUUCCCAGUAACUGAUACUCGGAGGCAUACUGCCUCCAACAGGGGCAGGAGAACACAGCCAUUGUGUCUAGUUGCCAUGGACAGCAAUAUCUCCUCCAUGAACUUGUCUACCCACCUGUUUGAAGCUGUCAGAGUUGGUGGCUGUCACUACAUCUUGUGGCAGAGAAUCCCCUAGUUUCACAAUGCUCUUUGUCAAGGAGUUCCACCUUUUGUCUGCCCUGAGGCUUCCGACAUUCAGCUUCACUGACUGCCAUGUAUUUUGUUACAGUCGUACCUUGGAAUUCAAACACAAUCCAUUCUGGAAGUCCAUUCGACUUCCAAAAUGUUUGACUUCCAAAGCGCAGCUUCCGAUUGGCCGCAGUAAGCUCCUUCCAAAACACUCAAGUCUGGUUUUCGAUUGUUUGGGAGCUGGAAAGUUAGACUCCCAAGGCAUUUGGAAGCCGAGAUACAACUGUAUUAUUACACAAUUAGUAUUAAUUGCAGGGGUUGGACUAGAUUACCCUUGGGGUCCCUUCCAACUUUAUGAUUUUAAGAGUGGGAGUGCACUUUCUCCACACUUUUGUCCUCCCCUUUUACUUACCAAAUAUUGUCAACCAAACAGACAGAUGCAGGCAGUCCUAAACUUUUUGUGUUUGUCUAUUGCCCUCCACCACCCCCCAGAUUAGAUUACCUGGAUAAGAGCAGGAAGUUUGAGGAUCGGCUGAAAGAACUCAAGUCCGAAAUCCACGCCCUGAAAGUCGAAGAGAGACAUGCAGGCUUCCUCUCGCACUGGAGCGAAGUCCUUGGGUCGCUGGGCCGUUCCUCGGGGAAGAUGUGCAAGGUUGGACUGCAGCCAAGCGUUUUAUUUCCCAGAUUUCUCUAAUGUAUAUGGAAAGGCUUGUGCUGGAACAGGCAAGAGGUCUCUUGGGCCUGGUGCUUGGCAGUUGCCAGUGGUGAUGGUGGUGAGCCGCCUGCAGCGAGCAGGAUGCCAGGCAAAACAGGAACAGCUCAGGCAUCCUUAAUUUCCAGAGGGGUAGCCUGUUGCAGCAAAAUCAAGAAGAAUCUUGUGGCACCUUAACAAAAUGUGUUUUCUGGACUAGAGUCCACUUUGUGCAUCAAGAGACCACGAUCUACUCCCACUAUAAAAUAACUGGCAGUGACCUACCUGUCAAAGUUGCUGAGCUUUUUUUUAGGGGAGGAUGACCCAAAGUUGUUGAGCUUUUUAAUAUAUUUUUGGAAUGGGGGGCCAUCGGGGGAUCACAAUCACUGGAUCGCAAUCACCCCGCGAUUGAUCACUAGAUUGCAAUCAACCUGUUGGAUACCCCUGUUAUAAAGUGUUGUUCUCUGUUAUGCACAUGGUUCUAAGAGAUAGGAUUGUGUGUGAGAGAAAGCAAUAAAACCAGAAAGGAAUGAAAUGCAAGAUUAUUUUUUAUUAUUAUUAUUUAUUACCUGCCCUUCACCCUAAGGUCCUAGGGCAGGCUACAGCAUUAAAACAUAGCAUUAAAAACAAAUUUAAAAAUAUAAUUAAAUUGUAUGCAAAAUAUAGCACAGUAACUUGUUACCACAGGGCUGGGAAACCUCUGGUCUGCGGCCAAUCUUGACACGUGAAGGGGUCCAGCCCACGAAGGUUAGCCCCCCUCUCCAAGCCAUGCUCACCAGUCCACAAGCCUUGACCUGAGCCUUUUAAGUAUCUAGCAAUGUCAGCUGCAUUUAUACUGAGAACCAAUAUUGCAGCCUCUUCUCUGUGGCACUUAGUGGCACCGAUGUGCUUUUGAGGGUGGCAUUCCAGGGAAAGACACCAACCUGAUCCCUAGCAGGACCUGGCUGAGACCUAACCAUGGACUCCUUGAACAUUAGGGGAAGAAGUCAUUUUAAAGGGACAGGUCCAUAGCUCACUGGUAAGAGCAUCAGCUUUGCAUGCAGAAGAUCCCAGGUUUAAUCCCCAUUGUCUCUAGGUAUAGAUGGGAAUUCACUUGUCUGAAACCCUGGAGAGCCGUUGCCACAUUGUCUGUGUAGACAAUGCAGAGCUAGAUGGGCCAAAGGUCUUAUACUCCGUAUAAGGCAGCUUCCUGGGUUCCUAUUUUUGCUUCCCUACUCUUUGAACACAGGAAGCUGACAUACAGAGUGAGAUACUUGGUCCAUCCAGCUCUGUAGCAUCUACAUUGACUGGCAGAAACUUUCUAGGGUUUGAGCCUGCUUGUGAAGGAGCUGAGCAUCUCUUUAGUAGAAAAUUGAGUGCUUGGUGCUUUCACGGAACUACAGUUCCUUGAAGUCUUUUUUUGAGCAGGGAGUCAUGAGGAUCAAACAGACUAAAAUGGAUGCAGUAUAGAUGCAUCCUGAUUUUAGCAGGAUGUUAAUGGCCAAUGUGUGUGUUGUUUUUCUAAGACCCCUUUGUGGAUGAACCCCUUUGAAGUGGACUUGUUGGACAGCCUGCAGCAGCCUUUCGUGCCGUGCCCACUCAACGGGACCAACGGCUCUCUGCCCAGAACGCCAGCGGAAAAACCCUCUUUUGAGACAGAUGCCUUGGCUGCCAGUAAUGUGGGCACAGGAAUAAGGAAGCACAUUAAGGUAACUGAGCUUGGCGACCUUCUACACUUCCUGGUUCAAAUUGUGUCUUUUUUGCCAGCUGCUCUCUUGGGCUGCUUAUGUGCUAUUUUGACCGAGAUAUUCACACAAAACCUGGUGCGCAGAAUCAGGGCGCAAAUUCCCAUGGAGUGUGACACUAUUUCCAAUUGAAGCUUUUGGGCAGGUGCUGCUAUCAGGCCUGAAGAUCAUGGCUCAUCCUUGUGUGUGGUUCCAGCACAUGGGCACUCAGGUAUAUUGCCUCUGAACAUGAAGGUUCCACUUAUUGUAGCUCUUGUGGUUAACAGCCAUUGAUAGGCCCGUCCUCUAUGGAUUUGGCUAAUCCAGAGAUGGAGAACUUGUUGGUUUCAUGAGAUCAAAUGUGGGGAACCUUUGGCACUCCAGAUGUUGCUGAACCACAACUCCCAUCAUCCCCUGCAAUUGGCCACACUUGUAGUUUGUAGAUGUAGUUCUGCAACAUCUGGAGGGCCAAAGGCUUCCCACGCUUGCUGUAGAUGUUGCUGGCCUUCAGCUCCCUUCAUCCUUAAACACUGGCCAUGCCACCUGAAGAGUGAUGGGAGUUUGAGUCCGACAACAUCCAGAGGUCCCCAGAUUCUCCAUCCCUCAUCCAUUCCUUCCUUAAAUCCAUCCAGUGGCUAUCUCUGUGUACAUAACAUUACCUGCAGCUUUCAAAAAAGUUUCUCUGUCUUUUCAGUUCCAAAUCCUGUCCUACACCUGCUUUUUCAAGCUGAAAUACCUUUAUUUUCUGUCUCUACUCAGGUACAACAACACAAAACAGAUGUGAUCUAUAUCUGA